AUGUCAUACAACGGAAUCGGUUUAAAGAGUGCCAAGGGUUCUUCUACAUCAGGUCAUAUUCAAAGGUCUCUGGCGAACAACGAUGAGCACAGCCAAACAAGGUUGAAGAAUUACACAGCCAGGCGAAAGGAGAAGCUUAAGGACACGAGGAAUAGGCUGAAUGAGGGUAUACGAAAGACAACUGAUGGUGUGAUAGUGCCUCAGGAAUCCAUGAUAAAACACCUUAAUAGGAGACAAAUAGAAGUAGCAGUAUCGGAGCUAAGAGACAAGCUUGAAGAAGAUGAAGUGGAAGAAAAAAUCAUAGAUUCCAAAUGCGAUGAACUUCGAACUAGACUAUUAAAGCAGUUUGUAACCGAGAAGCGAGUCUCGAAUGCCUAUAAGACCAGAUCUGAGCGAUCUAAGGAGAACAGCGAAUCCUCAAGUGAAAGCGAAAAGCACACCAAAUAA